UGGCCGUCUGAUUACAAAUUUCUGAAAUUUUCUGUCAAAAUAUCACCUUUCUAACGCCGACCAAGAAGACGAUAUCAUAAUUCCUAAUAUUGUAACCCGAGACUAAAUAAUCCUGAUUCGUUGCAAACCCAGAGAUAAUGUUGAAAUAGUCAAUAAUACGCUCAAAUAACCCGAUUAGGAUGUCUGGGAGAAAAGACACCAGGUCUGAUGACCUUGGUUUAAGUUUAACAGGUUCUCAGAUCUCCACUAUAUCCACCAGCAGCAAAAGACCUGGAUCGGCAAAGACUCCCAACAGACCAAGUUCUGCCAGUGGGGUCAGGGAAAAAUCCUCAUCUACUACUGCCUUGAACACAGUUGGUAUUAAAUCAAGUAAUUCAGAUGUUGGCAAAAAGAAACAUACCCGAACUGGCAGUCACAAUCCUCCAUUUGCCAGUAGGAGUGAGACAGGCACUGCCAACACCAACAAAGGAAGUAACACAUCAUCAAAGGCACCUAACAGCACUGACUUCUUGGCAUUGUUUGAGAACAGCACUCAGCCAAAGAUCAAGGGGAAAAUCGGACCAAGUCCUGGUGGGCCAAAGAAAGCUGCAUGGGGCGACUCGAUGAAAAGUAGUUCAACAUACAAAGUUGGUGGAAAGAAUGUGUCCACAGACAACACACGUAAAGGUCAAGGUCCCAAACCUGUCAAGAAGCUACCCCACAGUAUCUUUCAACCAGACAGUGCCCGCAGUACAAGCACAAUUGACUCUGACCAUGUGGGUUAUAACAUGCCAAGGCAACGACCAUCCUCGGGAGAAAGAUCUAACGGAGCGACUGCAUACGACUUUCUGGAUUUACCGGAUCGCUAUGAUUCUAGGUCGAAAUCACCUCCUGCCUUAAAAACUCUCAAUAUUAAUGCUGAACAGAAACCAGUCUCAGCUAUGUUGUCACCUAGCAUAGCAAACAAUAUGACAUUACAAGCCUUGUCCCCAACAACGAAAACUUCAUUCAUGGACAUAGAGAACUCUUAUCAGAAUAUCAAACAUAAAACCCCUGUCAACCAGGUUGUGAAAAGUAAUACCAGUCCGGCCCCGAGUCAGAAUGGUCAGAACAGUCUUGCUGAGGAUUAUAUAAAGUCGGUGAAUUUAGCUGCCACAAAAAUACAGCGGAAAUUCCGAGGGUACUUAGCGAGUAAAAGCAAAGACGAUGUGAGGAAUAAAGCUGGUGAAGCAGCAAUGAAAAGACUUUUUGGACAAAAGAAAAGAGAGCGGGAGGAGAUGCUUAUAAAAGAGCAGGAGAGUCGGGUGAAUGAGGAUCGUGCACGAGAGGAUCGGCGGAGAAUUCGGGAAGAGAAGGCCAGACAGGCUCGGCAAGAUGCAAUAAAGGAAUUACAAAUGAAACGGGAAGAAAAACGUUUAGAAAACAAGCGUAAAGCUGAGGAGGAAGUGCUGUAUUUGCAAGAAACUGGUAAAAUAAAGACAAAACCAGCAAGACUUGGCGUAAAGCCAAAACAACAAAGCAGUAAAAUGAAAGCCAAGGACAUGAAUGCUCAGGAUAGUGAGUCGGAGGUCACACUAACCCAGCGCUCCAUACAGUCUUCUCAGAUGAAUCCCAGAGACACUGAGCGGUCAGAAAGGACAAAUGAGGGUGCUGAAGCCAUGAACUCUUAUCAUCAAGACAGGCACAGUCACUCCCAGAAUGAGACCCCGAGAUCAUAUGAUGGGGGCAACAGUGCUGGUGCACCCAGCCAGGCCCAGACCAAGUCAACCCUUGACGAUCUCAUGAAUACACUGCAGGAACUUGAAGCAGAUGAGCAACUGGUGGAGAAAAAGCCCGAAAAGAAGAAAAGUUGGUUUGAUGAUCUUGAUAAGACAUUAUCAGAAGGUGAGGAUGGUAACUCACAUUACCUCUCCAUGGAGCGCAUAGAGAAACUGAACCACCCUAAGGACAGCCAGGCCCUGAGGAGUAGUGGGUUACUCUCUGAUGAUAAACUACGAACAAUCAUGUCAUUCCUGGAUGAGGUUGAUACUGCCGACAGGCUCAGUGAGAUUGAUCAGCAAAUUGUCAAAAUCAACGAAGAAUUAGAAAAACCAGCUCUAUUGGUUCCUAGUGUCGAUGAGAUCCACCAGAUGGAGGAAGCGUCUAAAGCGGCUUCGGAGGUCACCAGUGCUAUGAUGACUCAACGUCUUGAGUUGGAUGAGAAGAAACGGACGAUUCAGAUGCUCCAGAAAGCCCUGAAUCAGCAACGUGAAUUGACUGUGAGACAUGCGAAAGAAACAGAAAAGGAGAUGAAGAAACGGUUACAGCUCCAAAAGGAGGAGUAUGAAGAAACAGUUAAGAGGCAUCUCUCGUUCAUUGACCAAUUGAUUGAUGACAAGAAAGCCCUUGGGGAAAAGUGUGAAAAUUUGCUGAAAGAAAUGAAGACGAUAGAUAAAAAAUACUCGGACAAAAUCAAGACUACUGAUGAAAGGCAUACCAUAGAACUAACCAAAAUAAAGGAAGUACAGGCAGCUGCUGAGAAGUUACGGAGGGAGAAAUGGAUUGAAGAAAAGACCAAGAAAAUCAAGGAGAUGACCGUGAAAGGUUUGGAGCCAGAAAUCCAGCGACUCAUUGCGAAACAUAAGGCAGAGAUUAAAAAGGUUAAGUCAAUACAAGAGGCGGAGAUGUUGCAGAGUGAUGAGAGGGCGGGAGGACGGUACGUGCGGAUGGUGGAGGAAUUGCGGGAUCAACUGGCUAAAGAAAAGGAGGCAGCAUGUGCUCGGGAGAGGGAGAUGGCUAAGCAGAGGUAUGAGAAACAAUUGCAGCAGGAGGAAGAGUCUUACCAGGCCCAGCGGCGGAGACUCCACGCAGAGGUGCAGGAGGAAAAGGACCGACUGUCUGAACAGGCCGCCCGGCAGAGGAUUGAGUUAGACAAGCUCCAGAGGCAGCUUGAGGACGCUCAUACUCACUCGGUCGACGCCAUGAGAUUAGAGUAUGAGAAGGCGAGAGAUGAACAGGAGAGGAGACAUGCUUCUGAAAUCAAGGAGAUGCAGGAGAGACUUCGUGUAGAGAAGGAGGCCUGGGAAGCCAACUACAUGAAGAAACAAGAGACAUGGCUGACACAGAAAGAGAGGGAGUUGAAGGCUAAUGUGAGAAAGGAUCGCGACAAGGAGAUCGAGCUGGUCAUUGCAAGGCUGGAAGAGGACAGUGUCACGUCUCGAGAGGAGUGUGAAAGGACAGCUGAGAAUAGAAUUAAACGGAUUCGAGAGAAAUAUGAAAGUGAGAUGGCAGAACUGGAGCGAUCAGAAAGACAAGCUAUGGAGAAAUACAAUGAGAUGAAAGCUCAGCUCCUUGAGACAGAAGGUGACAAUGAGAGGCUGAAGGUCAUGAUGAACCAGAAACAGAAAGAGAAGGAUGACAUACUAAAAAUGACAGAGAAAUUAAACAAAGAAAGAGAUCACGUUGCAGAUAUCAUAAGGCAAGAGUUCGCUGAUCGAUUAGUUGCUACGGAGGAGGAAAAUAAACGUCUCAAGACAGAUAUGUCUGAACUGAAGGCUCGGCAUCGCUUAGAGCUGGAGAGAUCGAAGGCAGAGAUUGAAAUUGUGACAAAAGCGAAAGAAGAAGAAAUGGAUGAAGUACACAAACGGGUCAAGCAAGCCAUUGUGAAGAAAGAAGAGGUAGUGACUCAGUUGAAGCAACAGUAUGCCGCUGCACUGAAGCGAGCGGACCACCUCGAGGGCCUGCUUGAACAACAGAGAAAACAGUUGCUGAAGAAAUGACCUGGAAUAGCUGAAUAGGUCGACAUUUUUAUAGGAUUCCAGACAUAGAUGACAGACUGUGUAGUUAUACAUGUAUGCAUUCAGCAUUGGAGACAAAAAGAAAUAUACUAUUUUUUCACUCAACAAAACUGUGCCAAUUUUGAAAAUGAGGAUCAGCUACAAUGUCCUUUCAUCCGCUUGGAGGUGCUUAGAGAUAUGAUAUUUCAAUGUUUCAUUCUUAAUACGAAUAUGCCAUGUUACAUGUAAUGUGUUGUCAUUUUGGAAUCUUUGAUAUGGCUUUGAAUUCAGACAGCAGAUGGCACUCUGGUGUACCAGACGACAGCUGGAAGUCAAUUUUGCUGGAAGUUGUGAUUACCUGAAUGAAUUUACUCCCAAAUGUAGCAUAAUUUUGUACUAAGUACAAACCUGGGCUUUCUUUGGAUCUAUUGGCUGUGAAAUGGCAUCUAUCAAUGUAUUAUCCUCAAUUGAAGUUUGGCCUUGCCAUACAAUGAGACCAUUUUCGACGCUUUGAAAUAGGGUGUGAAAUGAUUGGCAGUUGGCAAUGAUAUAUGGAACUUGUAAAGCUGUAUAGUUAGCAUUACUUUUCUUCAUCUUAAUGAUUUAUCUGUACAGAUAGAAAGCGAAGAAUUAAAAUCUAUUUAUUGUUA